AUGGCGGCGUUCCGGGAGCUCGGGAUCUCGCCGUGGCUGGCGGAGCAGGCGCGGCAGGUCGGGCUCACCCGGCCCACGCCCGUGCAGGCCGCCUGCAUCCCCGCCGUGCUGCAGGGCCGGGACUGCCUGGGCUGCGCCAAGACGGGCAGCGGGAAGACGGCGGCCUUUGUGCUGCCCGUGCUGCAGGCGCUCUCCGAGGACCCCUACGGCAUCUUCUGCCUCGUGCUGACCCCCACCAGGGAACUCGCGCAGCAGAUCGCGGAGCAGUUCCGAGUGCUGGGGAAGCCCCUGGGCCUCAAGGACUGUGUGGUCGUGGGCGGCCUCGACAUGGUGGCCCAGGCCCUGGAGUUGGCCAGGAAGCCCCACGUGGUGGUGGCCACGCCGGGCCGGUUGGCCGAUCACCUGCGCAGCUCCAGCACCUUCAGCCUCAGGAAGAUCAGGUUCCUGGUGCUGGAUGAGGCUGACAGGCUGCUGGAGCAGGGCUGUGCCGACUUCACCGCCGACCUGGAGCUCAUCCUGGAGCACGUCCCGGCGCGGCGCCAGACCCUGCUGUUCAGUGCCACCCUCACUGCCACCCUCAGCGAGCUCAGAGGCCUGGCUGCCAACGAGCCCUUCUUCUGGGAGGCCCAGUCUGAGGUGAGGACAGUGGAGGAGCUGGACCAGCGGUACCUGCUCGUGCCUGAGGCAGUGAAAGAUGCCUACCUGGUGCACCUGAUCCAGACCUUCCAGGACGAGCACGAGGACUGGUCCAUCAUCAUCUUCACUAAAACCUGCAAGGACUGCCAGGUCUUGAACAUGAUGCUCAGGAAGUACAACUUCCCUUCUGUAGCUCUGCAUUCCAUGAUGAAACAGAGGCAGCGAUUUGCAGCUUUAGCCAAGUUCAAAUCCAGCAUCUUCAAGAUUCUCAUUGCCACUGAUGUCGCUGCCAGAGGGCUGGACAUUCCCACAGUCCAGGUUGUGAUCAAUCACAACACUCCAGGCCUGCCCAAAAUCUACAUCCACCGCGUGGGCCGGACGGCGCGCGCGGGCCGGAAGGGAGUUGCCAUCACCCUGGUGACACAGUACGACAUCCACCUGGUGCACGCCAUCGAGCAGGAGAUCAAGCUGCAGCUGAAGGAGUUCUCUGUGGAGGAGCAGCACGUGCUGGACAUCCUCACCCAAGUGAACGUCACCAGGAGGGAGUGUGAGAUUGAGCUGGAGGGGAUGGAUUUUGAUGAGAAGAAAGAAAUAAAUAAGAGGAAACAGAUGAUCCUUGAGGGGAAGGAUCCAGACCUGGAGGCCAAAAGGAAGGCAGAGCUGGCCAAGAUCAAGAAGAAGAACAAGGAAUGCCGGGAGAAGGUGCAGCAGACCCUGGAGAGGAGGAAGCAGCUGCAGCUGAGGAGGAAACUGCAGAAGAAGAUGGAGCGGCGGAACAAGCGCAAGGUGACGGAGGAGCAGUGACAGCCCCGGGCCUGGCCUGGACUGCCCUGAUCGUGCUGCUGCUUUGGGAAUACUGGGAUCUGACACCUUUUAAUGUGGACACUUUUGACUGAAAUUGGUGUUGGGGAGAAGGGAAGAAUCCCAGAAUCUCAGAAUCCCAGAAUGGGUUGGCUUGGAAAGACCUUAAAGAUCAACAAGUCCCACCCCCUGCC